AUGGUUGUAACACCAACACACCGUUCAGCCUCGUCCAGCCAGCUUCCUUCAGUAUCGAAAAGGAUUUGCAAAGCCGAAGCUCGAGUAGAACGAUUUGGAGCUGGUCGGUGCCCUUACUGCCGCCAAACUUUUGUAAAUGUAAGAACCUUAAUUUUAAACAUAAAAGUUUAAAUUUUAAUUUUGUAAAGAACAAAAAAUCAAAAACGACUCUUUUCAGCCAGUAGCCCUGCAAUGUGGACACAGUCUCUGCGAGUUAUGUUGUAAAAAGCUCUUGAAAAAGCACCAGAAGUACCUAAGUCCAAAAACAGUACCACCCCCAACACCAUCUAAACCUUUGGCACUACAACAAACGCCAAAAUCCAGUAGCCGUGCCCGACAAGCCCGUACUCCGGUCAUGGGAGUACGGACGAUCGAAUUGUUGAGCGAGUACAUGGAGAAAGAAAAAGUGGAGUAUAGCUAUAGUCCAAGGAUAACUGUACAAGAAGAGCUGCCCAUAAAAACGCCAAGUUGUUUGGUUUGUGGAGCUGCUCCUUCGUCGGUAAGCAUUACAGUUAUGAGUAUUCUUAAAAAAGCAGAACUUUUACGCAACAAACGUGUUAUAACAUUGUCUUAAAUUAUUAUUCUUUGCCUCAAUUUUCACUUUUAACUUUAACUUAUUUCUUACUUUAAACAGUAAUUAUGAAUUAUUAAUCUACAAACCUUAAGACAGACAUAACUUUAAUUUUAGUUGCCUCCAAUUAAAAACCACGCUUUAUCACAAGUUUUAAAAGCGUUAAGUCGAAGAAAAUCAAAACUUGCGGCUAUGGAUUGUGUUCCAGAAGAAACGUACCGGCCUCCUAGUCCAGCUCCUUCUUCGUAAGUUUAAAAUUUAUUUUUUAAAAGUUAUAGCUUUGAUUGUCAGUACAAAAAGUCUAACUAAUUAGUACAAGCCACAAAGUAACCCAAAUUAUUUUUCUCAUAACGUUUAUAUUGCAGUGUUUUGCCACGUUGCGUAACUGCGAAACUUUAUUUUGCUAUUCCAGUGCGAAGACAAUUAAAGUUACUGUAGCUAAAAAAAUUUCAAACUUAUAACUCAAGAGUUAUAUCAUAGAAUUACAGUGGUCUUUCUAUAUAGUGAACUAUUUGUAUAAGCAACUCUCCUUAUAGUAAACAAGAAAUGUCGGUCCCUUCGGGUUGCUAAUAUAUAUAGAUAGUACUUUAUAAUUAACAAAAUCAUUUUUUACAGAGCCAGUAGCGGUUUCUACGAAUCAGACACCGAUAUUGGUAUUAAAAAGUGCAACAUUGCUGUACUCGGAGCCUCAAAAGUUGGAAAGUCUCAGCUAGCAAGAACACAGUUUUUGAACAAUUUAUUCUUUGGCCGUACCGACAAUGGACUUAUCAACCCUGUAUCGAAUUUUGAUGAUUCAAAAGCAAAAUACAUGUUGUGUCUUGCUGACAGUGAUGAUGACAUUUGCAAGGCGGUCGUGACAGCACAAGGUUUUGUGGUAUUGUAUUCAUCGACGGAUCCAGAAAGUUUGAAAAGGGCAAAUGAAGUAGCCAGCCAAAUAUGCGGACUCACAAGUGAUAAGGUAGGUUUGGCGAAUUAAAGUCAGAAAUUUUUUGAUUGAUUUACAGUAAUGUUUAAGGCAAAGUAAGUUAAAGUUUUAAGGCAAAGUAAGUUGAAAGUGAGUUAGGUAUUAUACAGUAAACCAUAGUGUAAAAGUAAGAUAGCGGUAGAGUAUUGAGCAAUAAAAUACAACAUAAGCCUUGUUUUAGCCAGCUAUCGUGUUUGCGGCAAACAAAAUCGAUGUAAAAUCAGAUGUGCAAGUCAAUCCGAUUGAUGGCCAAGCUACAGCACAGCUCUACGAUGCUCCAUUCUUUGAGGUAUCAGCCAAGGACAACGUUAAUGUGAAUGCAGUAAGUUAAAUUUCAAAAAAAAAUUUCAAGUUUUUAAUAUCAGAUUGUCCGAAUAUGGAUGAGCCAAAAUUUUAAAAGUGGGGCGCUUUGAAUGGCUCAUACAUAUUCGGACAACCUGAUAGAAAACGCCAGUUCAUAGUUGUAGGCCUAAUAUAAAAAGUACUGCAGCCUAAAAAAGUACUGUACCCAAAAAAUACUGUAGUCAAAAAAAUGCAAAAACUUUCUUUAUUACGAUAUAAGUAAACAUAGCAAGGUUGAACGGUCACGGCAUUGGAAAUAUGGCCAAAACGAAGGAUAAGCUGUUUUCUAUUUGCUCGCUAUUAUUCCCUUUUUCUGAGGUAUAAAAAAGAUUACGUCGAUGGCUAAGCCAAGCAAACAGACCAAACUUUUAUGUGUGAAUUGGAUAUGUUAUAGCCAUAUGCACAUUGUUUUUUACUUUUAGAGGCUUUAGUAAAAAUGCGGUUCAAUUUUUAUUGUAAGGGCGUUUACUAAGUAACAUAACUUAAAAAAAUUUAAAAAAAAGCAUUUCUAUAAGUAACGUGACUUUAAAAAUUAAAAAAAAAGCUUUUCGAUAUCUAAAAUAACUUUAAAUUAAAAAAAAACAAAAAAUUAUUUUGAUAUUUUCAGCUCUUCACUGACCUAGUCCGUCAAAUUGAUGCCAACUACAAAAGCCAACGGAAUUCUGAAGACAGCUCAUGA